AUGAUGAGAGCGGAACUCUUGAUCGGUAUAUUCUAUCAUUGUAUAAUUAAUAAUGCUGUUGAAAUAACCACUGAACAUCAUGAUCAUCCAGAGUAUAUGCUGUUUGAAAAACUAUUUAACGGGAAUACGAGCAUUUACAAUCCCAAUGUGCGACCAACACUGGAAUACAGAAACGCAAUUCUUGUUAAUGUCUCCAUUAAUUUGGUGGCACUGCAUUCGUUGAUCGAGAGGUCUCAGACACUGCGGACCACAGUAUGGAUCGACCUGGAGUGGACAGACGUACAUCUGGCCUGGAAUGAAAGCGAAUAUGAUCACAUUAAUUCAAUUGUAGUUCCACAGGAUAAAAUAUGGAUCCCUGACAUCUGUGUCGCGAAUGAAGUCAGUAAUGAUAAGUGUUUGCUUAAAUCAGAGGAAGGAAAAGCAUUGCUUGAAAAUACUGGAAAGGUGACACUAUGGUGGAACAAAGAAGUACAUACAAGAUGUGACGUAGAUAUUAGUCAAUAUCCGUUUGAUAGACAGACGUGCUCCAUUACCAUUGGAACCUGGUAUUCUGAAGACGAAAAGAUUAAACUCAAAAAUAAAUUUGAAAAGAUAGAUUUAAGUAAUUAUGUAUACAGUGAAGAAUGGGAUAUCUUCAACAGAACCAUUGGGAAAAUUCUAAUAGAUAACGAUAAAAAUUUCACGGAGCUGCAAUUCUCCAUUGUUAUUGACAGGAAACCGUUGUUCUAUUUGUACAGUACUGUGCUUCCCAUUCUUCUGCUGUCUGUCUUAAAUAUGGUGUGCUUUCUAGUUCCAAUUGAGUCCGGUGAAAAAAUAGGUAUGACAAUGGCCAUAUUUCUCACCUUUGCUGUUUUCAUGACCUUGAUAAGUUCAACAGUUCCUCGGUCUUCUGAACACGUUUUUAAGUUUGGAAUUUUUAUGACCAUGCAUCUUUUGAUGAGUGGGACAACUAUCAUCGUAGGAGUUCUUGUUAGUAACAUUUACUAUAAACCAAGAGACACGAAAAUGAACAAGAUGUACAAGUGGAUGCUCAAACAUUUUGUUCGAAAUGACAAAAAUGACAACGAAAAACCCAAUACCCUGUCAGCAAACGAUAGUGAACAAAUUGUGUCUACCGCUUAUGAGACAGACCCUUGGCAAAAGUUAGCAAUGGGACUGGACAGACUGUUUGGUUAUGCCGUGUCUAUAAUAAACACUUUGCUGAUAUUUCUGUUCUUCGUUACAGUAAAUGUAGAUUGAUUUUGUGAAUUAAACGUAAGAACGGUGAGUGUUUGUAAAUAAAUAUGAUAAUACAGUUGAACUUCGGUAUCUCGAACACCGUUAUCUCGAAUAUCAUGGAUAUGUCGAAGUGAUUUGGAAGUCUAACCACUUAUUCUUUAAGUAUUUUACCUUCGAUAUCUUGAAUCCUCGGAUAUCACAAAGUUUUUUUCUUGGUCCCAUCGAGUUCGAGAUAACGAGGUUUGACUGAAAUUGAUAAAAAAAAUAUAUAUAUGAUUCAAGGAAAAAGUCAUCUUAUUAUGAUUCUGUAGCCCACAUAUUCGGAGAUUCUAAAAUAGAUAUGUCAAUGGUGUGAUUUAAUAUGUCUGAUAGUUUAGAUUUGCGUGUGAUUAAAUUAUGAAAAAAAUCA